AUGGAAGGUUUACUAUCAAUCGUUAACCAGCUACAAAAAGUAAUCAGCCUUUCCAAUGUCCGCGUUAGCAUUUCGCUACCUCAAAUCGUCGUGGUUGGAGCUCAAUCUGCUGGCAAAUCAAGUGUGCUAGAGUGUAUUGUUGGAAAAGACUUCCUUCCUAGAGGUAGUGGGAUUGUAACACGUAGACCUCUUAUUAUUCAAUGUCAUCAUACAGAAGAGGGUGAGUACGCUGUAUUCCAUCAUUGCCAGGAUCGUUUAUUUGAUGACUUUAAUGAAGUUAGAAAAGAAAUCGAAAGAGAUACAAUAAAAGAAGCAGGAAAUAAUAAAGGUGUUGUUAGCCAGCCAAUCAUUCUUGAAAUUCAUUCCCCACAAGUUAUUGAUCUUACAUUAGUAGAUUUGCCUGGACUCACUAAAAACCCUGUUGGAGAUCAGCCAAAAAAUAUUGUUUCUAUGAUCGAGGAGAUGGCCUUGGAAUAUAUAAAAGCAGAACAUGCUUUAAUUUUAGCAAUUUCUCCAGGAAAUAAUGAUAUCGCAAACUCAGACGCUUUAAAAAUUGCAAGAGAUGUUGAUCCGAAAGGAGAAAGGACUUUAAGCGUGAUUACAAAGCUGGAUAUUAUGGAUAAAGGGACUAGUGCCAUAAAUAUUCUUCUUGGUGAAGAAUACUCCUUAAAGUUUGGACAUAUUGGAGUUGUUUGUAGAAAUCAAGAAGAUAUCAAGAAUAAUGUUCCAAUAGCAGAUCAUUUAGAAAAAGAAGCCGAUUUUUUUAGAAAUCAUCCUGAUUAUCAAGAAAUUCAGGACCAAACAGGCAUUCCAUUUUUAACUAAAAAACUUCAAGAAAUCCUUUUUGAUCAUUUACAAAAAACUCUUCCAAGCAUAAAAGCUGGCAUUGAUCGUCAGUUGAGGGAAAGAGAAGUUGAAGCAAAAAUUUAUGGCGAACCAGUUAAAGGAAAUAGAGAUUUGGAGAGAAAUAUUAUACUUAAAGUUAUCCGUGAAUUCUCCAGAAACUUAGAAGAAGUAUUAGAAGGCAAAGAUAGCUCUGAAAAUAACGAAGGCACUAAAAUUCGAAAUAUUUUAUUUGACAAUUUGGAAAGAAAAACCAGGGAGAUAAAUCCUCUUAUAUGCUCCAACGAUAGAUUAAUCCAAAACGAAAUUAGCAACUCAAAUGGUAUAUAUGGAACUUUACUCAUUCCUGAGCAAGCAUUUAGAACUCUUGCACAGUCUACAGUUAAUUUGCUUAAAGAGCCGGCUAUUGAUGCAUUUGAAUCUGUAAAGGAUACGAUUUCAGCCUUAAUAAAACGCAUUAAAGUUGAUGAAUUUAGACGGUUUAGUAUUUUCCAUGUGUCAGUAUGCGAAAUUUCUGAAUCACUAAUUGAAGAUUGCUACAAAACUACAUCUGAAAUCAUAGAUGACAUAUUUACUAUGGAAUACAAUUAUAUUAAUAUCCAGCACCCUGAUUUCAUGGGAGGAAUUGUAGCUCUUGCUAAAAUUAAUCAAAAAAUUGAAGAGGAAAAAGAGAAGAUUGCACAAAACUACCCAGGCCAAAAAGUCAGCACUCCUAUAAUAUCUGAUGAAAAGAAAUAUGUUGAAGUAACAAAAUUGCUAAUAAAGUCUUACUUUGAUAUAGUAAAAAAAACUAUUGGAGAUAUGGUUCCAAAGGCAAUAAUGUUUUUCCUUGUUAUGAAGGUUAUGAGGACAUUAGGCAAUCACUUGAGUGAUAAGUUAUUAAAAGAUGAGAUUCUUGAAAGAACUUUAGACGAAGGAAAACUCAUACCACAAAAACGAGAAGCUUGCAAAUCAGCUAUAAAAACACUUAGACAAGCAAAAGCCAUUCUCAGGCAAUGGGGUCUGCCAAGCACUUAG